AUGGUCAGAGGAGGCGGCGCGCCGAGCCUGGGGCGGCGCCAUGCUGCUCCAGGUCCACCUCUGCUGCGCCGGCGUCCUCCCGCUUCCCCCGCCGCCGCCGUUCCUGGGCAGAGGCCUGACGCUAGACCUGACAUAGUUAGCCGAAUCUUCAAGCUAAAGGUGGACGGACUUGUUUCUGAGCUGAAGAAAGGGACUUACUUUGGGAAAACACGAGCAGUCCUCUACACUGUUGAAUUCCAGAAACGCGGUCUGCCCCACGUCCAUAUCUUGGUUUGGCUUCAAGAGGUACCAGAUCAACAAUCGGAUCUUAUCGGCUAUAACCUUGUUGAUGAAUUUAUGGUGCAUGGUCCUGGCGAGAUUAACCAAAAAUGCCCAUGUAUGAAAAAUAGCAAAUGUUCUAAAUUCUUUCCAAAAGACUACCAGGCAAACACACUUGUCGGUGAGGAUGGGUUUGUGCGGUAUAGGCGUCGUCCCGAUACUAGGCAUUUUGUGGAGUGGUAUGGGUUAGACUUGACAAUAGAGUGGUGCAAUAAAACACACCUCAUCAAGUACCUGCUUAAGUAUAUUACCAAAGGCCCAGAUCGCGCUAGAGCGGUGAUUGAAUCAUUUGGCACCCAAGUCCCUGAUGGCAAUUCACAUGAUGUUCCCAUUGGUACCACCAGUGGUUCCCAGCCAUUGGAGUCACUAGAUGCCCAGAGGCAAUCUGUAGACGUGGAUGAGGUUAAAGAAUACAUUGGCUGCCGUUACUUAUCCUCCCAUGAAGCCAUAUGGUGUAUGUUUGAAUUUGAUAUACACUAUAGGACCCCUGUAGUGGAGAGGUUAGCUGUGCAUCUCCCUUGGAUGAAUACUGUCGUGUAUCCAGCUAGGCUGCCAUUGGCUGACAUUGUAGAUGACCCUUGUCACAUGCGCACAACAUUGACUGAGUGGUUUUCUGCUAACAGGAUGUACCCAUGCGCGCGAGAGCUAACAUACGUAGAAUUCCCCACGAAAUGGGUUUGGAAUAGGAAGGACAAGGUAUGGCGUCCACGCCAGGGACCUACAAAAAUCGGUAGAGCCAUAUACAUUAACCCUAGCUGUGGUGAGCUUUAUUACCUCCGUAUGCUUUUGAAUGUUGUCAAGGGCGCUACGUCAUAUGAAGAUCUUAGAAUGAUUAGUGGUGUCCUAUAUCCUACAUUCAAGGAUGCCUGCCAGGCUAUGGGCCUCCUUGGCGACGAUAGUGAGUGGCGUGAGGCUCUAAGGGAAGCAUCCGUGUGGGGUUCAGUCGCUUAG